AUGUCGUCAUAUUCAGGUGCUCCCUACAGAACUCCAGACGGGCCGCUACUAAGCGCAUGGAUUUUUAAUACAACUGAACUCAACUACAACGAACUAAACAAGUGGAAUCUAGACAGUUCGGUCUUCGGAUUUCACGAAGACCUGUUAAAAGAUAAGCCCAAACCUGUGAUCGCCUCGUAUGACCGAGGGUCUAAACCCUCAGAAACUGCAUCCAUACGAGCUAAUAGGAGGCGCCCGACAUACUCUGCAAAAUGUCUUAAGGCUGCAACGGAUGAAGAAUCCAACGGGUCGUCGAGUGACUCCAGCGACGAAACGGCAACCGCAAAGGACAUACGUCAGAACAAGAUUCUACAAUAUAGGAAGGCUUUGACUAAAAUUGUCAAGGUGAAAACUGCAAUUUUCCACGAAAAGGUUCGAGUUACAUGUAGUAAGGAUGGCAAAUGUAUACAAUGGUAUAAGGUUAAGGCCUCAGAAGAUGAUGAAAACAAAAGACAGCUGAUAGGCACUCUGCCCGUGUCCAAAAUAACAAACUUCAAGACGAAAGUCGACAACUUGAGAUACUUGGAAAUUUCAGCAGGUAACAACUGUUAUCUAUUCAUGUUCAAAACAAGGGACGAGAGGGAACAGUGGCAGAAUGACUUUGACAGCUUUGUAAAGUUUAUGAACAUGAUAUGA